AGAAAGAUUCGCAUGUAGAGAAAGUAAACAGACAAUACAAGAAAACAGAAACAGAUUUACAACAGCUACGACAAGAAUUAUAUUAUCAUCAGGAACAUAAUAAUAACCUACAAUCUCAGGUAGAUAAUUUCCGUCAUCAAUUGGAUCAGAAGUCAAAUCUUUUAGAGACGAUAACUAAAUCAGAAAAAGAGAAAUUAAAUCAGAUGGAAACAUUGAAAGAUUCGUUGGAUACCCUCAGUACUAAACUUAAUAGUAAACAAAUAGAGCUUCAGAUGGCCGAGUUAGAGUUAAGUCAAGUAAAAGAUGUAAAUGAUAAACUAAGAUUUCAGAUUGAUCAACACGAUCAGUGUGCACCUCGACCGAGUCAAUCAGCUACUGAGUUACAUAUAUCACAACUACAAGCUGAAAUAGAGAAACUUAAAUCUAAUCUAUUGCAAGUAUCGUCCUUCCUGAAUGCACGUGAAACAGAACACAAGGCUACCGAGAAAGAGUUAUCUAAAACAAGACAGUAUUUAGCAGAUGAAAAGAGUAAAAAUGUUCAAGUAACAGCCGAUAAAUUAGAACUCGAACAUCAAAUACAGGCUAUAGGUGAAGAAAGAGAUGUUAUCUUUGAAGAGAAAGUUUUAGAUGAACAAGAUUUAGUUAAAUUAGAGAAUAAACUACAGGAAGUUCUACAUAAAUUUGAAGAAGAGACGUUUAAACAACAUGAUCGGAACAAAUAUAAAAAUAUAGAUGCUUCAAAUACACAGUUGAUGUCCGAGAUCAAUUCCCUCACGUUAUUAUUAGAUGGUAAAGAUAAACAAGUAGAAAUCUUUCAUGAUAAAUUACACCGUAAUCAGAUUGAAAUGACUUUCCUGCACAGACGGGUAGAAUAUCUAGCCAAUGAAAAUCAGUGUAACAAAGAAGAUAUUGAUAGACUGACCAAUGAGCUUAUAUUUAAGAUGAAAGAGAACUCGGCUAUACAUGAGAUUAAUAUGUAUUUAUCUAAAGAGAAAUCCUACCAAGAAAAAGAGACCAACCUACUACAGAAAGAUCUUAAAUCAGAAAAAAAUUAUAUUCAGAAAAUGAAAGAAGAAAUAAACACUGUUUUAAAAAAGAUUGAUAAAACAGAAAUACAUCAACAAACCCAAGUAGCAGAGCUUAUGACGAAAGAUGGUAAAAUAGCUUCGUUAGAAACAGAAAAACGUCAGCUAGAGAACAAUAUUAGACAGCUAGAGAAUAAUUUGAUCCAUAGUAGAAGUAAAAUCGAUCAAUUUCAUGAGGAUAUCAGUAAUUUGAGUAAUACUAAAGCAACAUUAGAACAUCAGUUAGCAGCAGAACGAAAUUCUUUGGAAGCUGAGAGAAGUAUUUCUAGUAUGAAGAUAGAUGAAGUACAGAAAUCUAAUCAGAAGUUAGAAGCCGUGAAACAUGAACAAUCAUUCCUAUUAAAUAAUUUAACUGUUGAAAGAAAGAAUCUACAUCAGUUAAGGGAAGAAAUUGUAGAGAAAGGGCAGAUAGAGAACAGAUUAGCUACACAAGUUGAUGAAUUAAAACGAGAGAAUGUCAACCUUAAACAUCAAAUAUCAUUAAAUCAAAAAACUAUUGAUCACAUCAAGGAAGAGAAAACUGCCCUUGUUCAAGGUGAGAAUUUCUCAUUUUGA